AACAUUAGACUUUAAAAGUCUGCAAUUGGAAAUUGUUAGGAGUUGCUUUGCAGAGUGGAAUUUUUUUGAGGAGAGUGUAGAUGAACCAGAAAUUAGAGGACUUGUUUUUGAGCCAGGUCUUGAUGGUUGAACUUGGAUCCUCUUCGAUGGGAAAGACGGAAGGACUAAGUAUCCUCUCCGAUGGGUAAUCCUGCUCCCAUUCCUGUAGAAUCUAGUUGAUUUGAUCCUGUUAUUUGUUGGUGUCUUUGGUACCCAGUUUCUAAUUCAGGAUGUCAAGUUGAAGAUGGACUGAAGAUCCACUCUUUCCAGUUACGAACUCAAGGUCACUUGUAAUCUGAUUAGUGUCAAUCUUUUGUUCAAACAAAGUAUGCCGUUUGCAUCAAUGAGGGUGUUCAUUUUACAUAUUUCAUUUAAUCAAAUUAUAAAGGGAAAGUGUUGAGGAUCUUCUUAGAUUGGUUUUAUUAUAUUCUUAUUGCUUCACCUACUCUUUUCUUACAACUUUAGUGUAUUACUUGGAACUAGGCUGUCUAUUAAGUGCAAAAUACAUGAUGGCAUUGUCG